CGAGGCUGUAAUUUUUGAGCAGUUUGCAACUUAUUGAGAUCCAGCAAUUUUAAAGAAAGUGUUAAUUCACCUAUUUUAGACUAAAAUAGCACAAGACAAGCGUUAGAAAUGCAAAAGAAAGGAACAAGUAUCGGUAAAUUCUUCAACAACCUUUAUUAUGAUGAGUUUAAAUGGAGUGUUGUAAAGUCGAUAUCCGCAUUUAUACUAGGCGUUAGAAUAGCCAAAGAGUUCGUUGGAACAGAAGUUAUGCCUGCAAUUCCUCUUUAAACAAAAUUUUAAUUUAUUUAAGGUGUUCAAUAUAAAAACAUACAGCAUAAAGAAUUAGAAGUUAAUAAAAAAGGAUGUAAAUUGUACGUUUAAAAUGUAUCUUUGCACUUUA